GGGACACAGGCCCACAAACCAUUUGUUCUCCAAGAGGGGACGGGGCUGAGGGAUACCUUGGACUUUGGACUUCCGAGACUCCGAAGCAGAUCCAGGUCACACUAAGACAUGCUUUACAAGCUGUGUGGUCCAACUCCGUUGCGCCCAAAACCGCGAAAGGUGGCCGAGGAUUCAGCACAACAAUUGUGCAUUUCAGAUUGCCAUUUUGGAUUCAGCUCAAGACGGAUCUAGCUUUAGCCAGCCAGAUUUGCGACAGGCAUACAAAAAAGUGUGGAUCAGCUUUCACGAGUUGCAGCUCUCUUGCGCAGCCCGCGCUUUAGACGGGCAAGUGAGCCAGUUGACGUUUCACGUCAGACCAUUCCAGCCAUGAGGACGAGUAUCGUGUCCUUUGGACCCCCAUCCGUUAGCAGCAGUAUGGGCUUGGGCGAGGUGGAGACAGAGGGUCUUCAUUCAAAGCUUCAUGAAUUGCAUCAGCUGAUCGAGAGAAGAUUUCGGCAACACGCCAAGCUUUUGAGAAUGGAGAUUCGUCGUUCACAACGAAAGAGUGCCACUUUGCCCAUCCUCGAGAUGGACGAUGUUUCGGAAAAAGCGGACGAGGAGAGGUCAGAAGAGUCCGAAGUGGAAGGGGAUGAGAAGGGAGAUGAGAUGGACCACAGCGGUGAAACUGGCAUUCUGCGGAGUCCCGAUAGGACUCCUCCUCCCUCGCCACCUGUGCCCUUGUUGGAACCUCUCCCGCCUAGUCCCGGCACUCCAAGCCGUGACUCACAUGUAUCUCAAAGCUCAGCUCGAGCCGGCAAGACUCGCUUUGGCCUUCGGUUGAGUAGUAGUAGUGCAAUCAGUGGAAUCAGCGGAAAGAGCAUGAAAAGCAACCGUAGCCGUUCAGGGAUUUCUGGAGCCUCAGAUCAGACUGCCCAAUCAUCCCGAACUGACCAAAGUUCGCCCGAUUCCUUCAUCCUGGGUGCGUGGAAUGAGAAACACCUGGCACAGGCUAAAAUUGCAGGAAUGUGGAUGGCUCGGCGCAGAGCUACCUCAUACACAGAGAUUGAAGAGUCAUGUUUGUCUUCCUACUGCAGGGAAUUCAUUGAUUCUAGCAUUUUUACCUAUGUCAUCACGCUGAUGAUAUUCCUCCAUGUCAUCCUCAUGGGGAUAGAAGCCGACUUAUACAAGGAACAUAAUGGUGCUGAAGGCAUUCCAUCAUGGAUCGGUAUUUCAAAUUUGGUCUUGACGAGCUUCUUUCUCUGUGAGCUGCUGCUGAAGUUCAUUGCCCUGGGUUGCCGAGAAUUCUGGUGUGGCAGGGACUGGGCCUGGAACGGCUUCGAUGCAGCCGUGAUCUCCUUGUCCGUGGUGGAUGUGGUUCUGGCCUUGUGGUUCACCACGGCAGCUGGAACUGGCCAAGUGAGGGUCUUCCGGAUGAUCCGUAUCUUGCGAUAUUUGCGAAGUAUUCGAGUGGUCCGGCUCUUCCGAUACAUCAGUGCAUUGCAGGUGUUGACCUUGUCGAUCAUUGGGACAAUGAGCUCGUUAGCCUGGACAUUGCUGCUGUUGAUUCUGAUCAUAUAUAGCUACUCUGUAGUGCUGACGGAGCUCGUAGUCGAAGUCUGUGUGGAGAACUCCGAAUGCCCACAGGUGUUUACCAGCGUUGCAGACAGCAUGCUGACGCUCUUCAUGGCCAUCUCACAAGGCUUGAACUGGGAAGAUCUGGUCAAUCCAUUGCGGCAAGUCUCCGGAUUGGCGGUGGUCCUUGUGAUGAGCUAUAUCACUCUGACGAUUUUUGCGAUUCUCAAUGUAGUAACGGGAGUGUUUUGCAACACCGCAAUAGAGAGCGCGGGAGCUGACAAAGAUGUGCGAACUUUGAAGCAAAUCCAGGCCAAAUCGCAACAGGUGGAGCUUUUGAAAAGUGUAUUCCAAGAGAUUGACUUCGAGCAAGUGAAUGAGAUCAGCUUUAUGGAUAUGAAGCGAUGUUUGGCCAAUGGCGAUCUCGGGAGCUUUUUGGAGUCCAUGAACAUCUCCACCGACGAUGUGUGGACGCUUUUCAUGCUUUUAGACUCGGACAAGACCGGGCUUAUUGAUGUCGAUGAGUUUGUGAAGGGCUGCAUGCAGCUGCAUGGGCCAGCCAAGAGCAUGCAGGUGGCCCAGAUGAGCUUUGAGAAUAAGCUCACUCGAUCUGCGAUUAAGAAUCUGAGCAAGGAAAUCACCGAGAUCGGUGGCAUUCUUGGAUAUUUGAGUGCGAGAAUAUGCCCGACCAGUGUGGAGGUGGUUGAUGAAGGAACAGAGGUGACACGAGUAGAGUGCUGAGGCUGGAAGGGGCAAAAAAGGCUCA